AUGGCUGGACAAGGAGAGAUAGGCCCUGCGAUGCAUGCAGGAGACGCAAGAGCAGGUGCAUUAUUCCUCAAGAUGCAGAGAUAUGUAUUAUGUGUCAGUCGAGGUCGGAGGAGUGCACAUUUAUUCAAAAUCCUCAGCGGCGAAAACGUAGGAGAGCAGAGGAUGAGAAUAGCCCCGACGCCACGAGACCAAGAUUCCGAAAGAAAUAUCCAAGCAAAACCUCCCAUCAAUGAUUACACUUCCCUUCCUGGUCCCUCCCUCCUGAAGCAAACUCUCGGCCUCCAGAACCGGCAACAUGGCCAAUACUUAGGCCAGACUUCCGAAUACGACGUCCGUCUCAUCAAUCUCUCACCAUUCAACGGCCGUGGGGAGUAUGUCAGCACUCCUGGGACGCUACGCCGUGUUAGUCACCACAAUCACUUUCUCAUGAAGUCAGAAAGUCAGGCCGAAGUUGACGACGAAUUGUCCAAUCUUGACUUGGUAGAAAGUAUCAUUCAACCCCAUGGCCGAGCCCUUGUCGAUCUCUACUUCCGGAUCAUUCAUCCCAGCUUUCCCAUCAUGAACAAGAAAGUAUUCCUCGAGAAGUAUGAGCGCACAUACCGAGAAUUUACGCCUCCAAUAUUAGCCGCAGUCUAUAUAUUGGCCUUGAACUGGUGGUCGUACACGCCCGAAUUGGUCAACCUGCCUAAGCCUGAUAUCCAAAAACUGGAGAAACUCGUACCCCAGAUGAUGAGCGACGUCUUGAAUCGGCCGAAGCUCUCGACAGUCCAAGCAGGCUUGCUGCUACUGCAGCGACCUGAUGGCGACUCUUGGGCUCUGACGGGACAACUGGUAGCGGUGGCGCAAAACCUUGGUCUGCACUUGGAUUGCUCCAAUUGGAAAAUACCUGAAUGGGAGCGGAGUCUGAGGAAGCGUCUAGCAUGGGGUUUGUUCAUGCAAGAUAAGUGGGGUGCUUUGAUACACGGAAGGCCCUCGCUAAUUUAUCUCGACAACUGGUCUGUCAAACCUGUAGAGGCGAGAGAUUUCCCGGAAUCUUCCGAGGACGAUGACGAGGAAGAAGGAAGCUCUGAUAUCGAGACGGGUCAUCUGACGUUUAUCAACAUGAUUUCCUUGACUGAGAUCUUGACUGACAUUCUGGAUACAUUUUUCACACUGCGAGCCACGGCAAAUCUGAGCAAUGAACGACAGAAUGCUAUGACGAUCACGCUUGAGAAGGCAAAACCGAUUCAGCUGAGGCUCAAAGAUUGGCAUGCGAGGUUGCCACAAUGCUUGGCCAUUGGCGAGACGCGGGCGAGGAAGCUUUCCCCAACUGGGUCACUCCACCUCUCCUACUUUGCAGCUGAAGUUACUCUUCAUCGUGCAAUAAUUCGAUUUGACAUUCCAAGCCUGGAUAACCAUCUGCGGUCGAUUACUCGUGGAGCAGCUAGAAUGCGGUUUACUUCAGCCAUCGAAAUGGUAAACACACUUGAACCUGCACACCUACAAUGUUUCUGGUAUUUCUCUUCCAAAGUCAACCUCGCCAUCAUUGCAACAUUUGGGAGUCUGUUAUGGGCCACCAGCGACAACUCCGAAGAGGCCGAGUUCUACAAGUCGCAGCUGGCAGAGUACAGGUGGGCCUUGAGAGUGAGCAGCAAGGCUGCAGAAUUCAUGAAAUUCACAGUUGGGAUGCUGGAUGCUAGUCCUGUCUUUUUGAAAAACAGUGCGUCAAAAUCAUCCAAAACUACUACACCGGCGGUGCUUCCAACCCAGGAGGAUAUUCAAGAGGCUCAUCAAGAGCAACAAGCCUUCGAAAUCCACACCAGUCAACCAAUGCAUGACUUCAACUCUGAAAUGUACGGUGUUAGCAAUGAAGUUUCUCCCAGCAUCGGGACAUCGACGGAAAACGCAUUUGGCUACGAGAUGGGCACAGAAGCAGGGGUGACUGACCACAUCGACACCCGGCCAAACUGGGCAGAUCUUGCAGGGAACAUCAAUUUUACUCCGGGCGAUAUUCAGGACUGGUCACUGGACCAAUUAUACAACUUUGAAAACUUCCAGGUCGCCGAAGACAUCUUAGCGACUCGAAAGUUUAUCGAAGAGUACGACGAGACUGGGAACAAUUUUGCUGGGUUUUAG